AUGAGAGCUACUGACCUUAAAAAUCUAGAGUUUCAUUUGGGGAUGCAAUUUGCAAAUCGGGAGCACUUGAAAGAAGCAAUAAAGGAGUAUGCCAUUGUAAACGACAAGCUAUUGAAAUUUGAUAAAAAUGACAAGAGAAUGGUGAAGGUCCUGUGUCGUGGAUCUAGGAACUAUGCAUUUGUUCUUUAUGCAUCUAGGAUUGAUAAAGAGGAAUCCACUUUUGUAGUAAAGGCUAUACAUGCUGAACAUACAUGUGGCAGAGUAGACAGGUUGAGAUAUGCUAAUUCAGCUUGGAUUUCACAAAGAUUUUGUGAUAAGAUGAGAAGAAAUCCCAAUUGGACGGUAGGGCAACUUCAAGAUGAGAAAGUCAUUCAAGGUUCGUAUAAGGAACAAUACGAGAGAUUAAGGGAUGAUGCAGAGCAAAUUAAGAAGACCAACCCAGGAACUAGUUCUAAAAAGGGUUUCUUAGAAGGAUGUAGGCCUGUCGUAGGUGUUGAUGGUUGCCACUUAAAAGGACCCUGCUUAGGGCAAAUCUUGACUGUAGUUGGUGUUGAUGGGAACAAUGACUUGGGGAUCCAAAAUAGUUUGGCAUGGGUGUUUAUAAGUGAUAAACAGAAGGGGCUAAUUCUUGCUAUGCAAACAGUUCUACCAAAUACUGAACACAGAAUGUCCAUGAGACAUUUGUAUAACAACUUCAGAGGCCAGCACACAGGACUUGCUCUAAAACAUUUGCUAUGGGCUGCUGCAAGGGCAACCACAUUGCCUUGGUGGGAAGCGAAGAUGGAUGAUAUGAAGAAGGAUCUAGAUUCUUUGGGGUGGCUAAUUGAGAGGCCAGCAAAAAAUUAG